AACUGUUUGAAUAUCUGUUCUCCUCAUACCUUCUAUAUACGCAGGAAAUGUCUGGCGUAAAUAAACAUCAAGCAUUUAUAAUAAAAACCAAUAAAUUAUUAUGUAAUUUACAUUCAUUAAAAUCAUGUACAAGAUAGCAUUGAGACUAGGCUUCAGCUCUGGUUCCAGUGGGGAAAAUGUCGGUGAUGUUAGUUUACGAGAUGUUCAUUCCGUUCGUAAUUUUCAUUACGAUUUGUUUUUACUUCCUCGAACGAAGAUGGAAAACUAGUAAACAUUGGCAAUACAUUAAGAAUUUACCAUGUCCAAAGGCCUAUCCCAUCAUAGGAACUGCAAGGUUGGAAGAUAGUGUGGGACUUUUCAAGAGAGACAGAAUCAGAGCUAAAGAGUUCUAUCCCAUAUACAAAUUGUGGAGUUUCCAUGUUUAUUUCGUCUGUCUUGUUUCACCAGAAGAUAUUGAGCUUGUCUUGAACAACGUUCAACAUAAUACGAAGAGCGAUAUAUACAAUUUUCUUCAUGGAUGGUUGGGAACUGGUUUAUUGACAAGUUCUGGUUCAAAAUGGCACAAAAGAAGGAAGAUCCUGACACCAGCAUUCCACUUCAGUAUUCUACAACAAUUUAUUGACAUCUUCAACCAAGAAACUGAGAAUUUGGUCAGAGUAUUCGAGGACAACUGUCACGAAUCAUAUAUAGAUGUGGUAAAACCCAUAACGGAUUUCACUUUAUAUUCGAUAGGAGAAACAUCUCUAGGAGUUAAACUCAACGAGUAUCCAAGUUCUGACACUUACAAAAAAGCAGUCUACGAAUAUGGACACAAUCUAACCUACAGGAUCGUCAGACCAUGGUUCUACACGGAUUUCGUUUACAGCUUCACAACCAAGUCCAAAUCAGAUCGCGCUGCCAUCAAAGUUUUACACGAGUUUUCCACUAAAGUCAUCAAGGAGAGGAAAAAAGUUGGAGUAGCUAGCGAACAUAUUUCAAGCAUCUCGUAUUCUGGCAAGAAGAGGUUGGCCAUGCUGGAUUUGAUGUUGACAGCUAAGAAUGAGGGCGCUGAUAUCGACGAUGAAGGAAUUCGAGAAGAAGUAGAUACUUUCAUGUUCGAGGGUCACGACACCACUUCAAUGGCGAUAUGUUAUACCUUGAUGGCCCUAGCUAAUGAACCAGAAAUACAGGAUGAAAUUCGGAGAGAAAUUCACGAAAUAAUAGGAGACUCAUCGAAGAAGCCCACUUUCAGCAAUUUAGGCGAAUUGAAAUUCACGGAAAGGUGUAUAAAAGAAUGCCUAAGGCUCUAUCCCAGCGUGCCGUUUAUAUCAAGACUGUCUGGAGAAGAAAUCCAAACUCAUUCAGGAUAUACUAUCCCAAAAGGAGCCAAUAUAAACAUUUACAUAUUCGAUCUACACAGGAGUACACACAUUUGGGAAAAUCCAGAGAAAUUCGAUCCUGAUAGAUUUUUGCCAGAGAACGUCUCAAAAAGACACCCGUUUGCCUAUUUACCUUUCAGUGCUGGACCCCGCAAUUGUAUAGGACAAAGAUUUGCAAUUUUGGAAAUAAAGGCAGCAUUGUGUGGUAUUUUGAGGAAAUUCAAACUCGAAGCAGUGGAUGCACCUGAAGAUAUGGUGUUCAAAUCUGAUUUGGUACUGAGACCUGCUGGAGAAAUUAGAGUGAAGUUCGUGCCAAGGAAAUGAAAUGAAUUCUCUUUUGUUCACUAUAUAUACAUAUACUAACUUUAGAAGUCACCAUUACUCAAAGAAUUCCUCUGAUGAGACGUGUAGUUGAAAUGUUAUCACUUGGAAACCAUCAAAUAUAUCGAAUACGUAACCUCAUGUAUUCUCCAUUCAUCUAAAUAUACAGAAGCUCACUGUAUGUGAGAGAAAAUGUAUAUUCAAAUAUCAGAAUAUUCUGACUCUUUAUGUAUCCCCAAACACGAAACCAAAAAUUUUCAAAUUUUCAUUUCAUUUAUGGGAAUCAAAGUGUAUAUAAAGGGUGUAACUAAAUAAGUGUAAAACAUUUGAGAGGGUGAUUCCCCAUCGAAAAAAAGAUAGGAUCUUUCAUAUAAAGAAACUUCAUUGGAGCAUCCCAUGUUGAGAUACAGCCCCUUGAAGGGGGUACAUAAAAUUUGUUUGAUAUGUUUAUUCCAGAUUCACAAGCACUAAAAAAGUUGCAGUAUUGAAAUUAACCUGACAUUUUCUAUUACCAAAAAGACACUCAGCCACUAAUUUAUUUGGUUUACCCCAUGGUUGUAAGGGGUGGAAAACGCAUCCCCUAAAUUUUAUUUCCAAUGUAACUUUUCGCCUUAUUAUUUGUUUACCAUGUAAAAAUAUAUAUCCAAUACCCUGUUUUAUUCCAAACGAAAAAAGUCCUGUUGAUUAUGUGCCGAAAAUGAACCUGUUCGCAGCAAAAAAUUAUUUCACGAUCAACUACAGAGAUACAUCCGAGGUUACAUCGUCAUAAAUGCAAACUGGAUGUAUUGUUAUUUUGUAGUUACUAACUGCAUUAAAUGAUUAAAGGGGGAUAAACAAAACUAAUUUAUCAAUGGCGGCUCGGUGGUCGAGAGCGUGAAUGCGCUGAGUUCGUAUGGGGACUCCCACCGAGACAUAGGUUCGAAUCCUAGUUAGGCCAUGGAUGUUUGUGUUUGUAUGCUUACCUAACCCCGCACAAGUUUCGACUUAUGGAGCGUUUGGUCCCAGUGCUGGGACCAACGAUAGGUAAUGCAAAUGCAAAAAAAAUAACAAAACAUACAACAAAUAGAAAUGAUAGUAAAUGUAGUCAUAGUGCAUGUAUCUAGACGUCUUCGCAUUGAGUCCUCCACAUCGUGAACUGGAGUAUGAUAAACCGAAUGCUGUAAAUGGCCCCAAGUAGAGAAAUCGAGAGGAUUGAGAUCCGGGGAUCGAGC